CCUCGAACAGGCAGACGCGAAAAGCACCAAACAAGUGCCCUAGCCAGCAUGUCCAGUGCGCUGCAUCCGAUCCACAGACACCGCAGAUACUGCCUGGCCCAGCAUGGCUCAUGAUUCCUCCGCUAACCUCCAGGUCUUCUCGCCAACGGGCUCCGGACGCUCCUCACCAUCACCCCGCGUAACGCGCAACCACGCCGAGGACGCACUACAAAAGAAGGACAAAGGUUUCCGUCGCUAUGCAGCUGGUGUCGAGCGCGCUCUCGCACUGUGGGACACUGCGCAGCAGGAAUGGGCCGACUACAUAUCGUUCUUGGGAAGGCUUUUGAAGGCUCUGCAAUCUCAUCCUUCUGAGACGACAGUCAUUCCCCAUAGCGAUGCAGUCGCACUCCGAUUAGCGCAGUGCUUGAAUCCAACAUUGCCCUCUGGCGUGCACCAGAAGGCGCUCGAGGUGUAUGCAUACUUAUUCGCGACCAUUGGUAAAGAUGCUCUUGCUCGUGAUCUUAACCUUUACUUUCCCGGACUUUCUUCAGUGCUCUCCUUUGCCUCACUCUCGGUCCGCCCACUCUUCUUAUCCGUAUACGAGAACUACAUCUUGAAGCUCGAUGCGUCCGCCCUUCGUCCGGCCCUCAAAGCAGUCAUCCUGUCUCUGCUUCCGGGGCUAGAGGAUGAAACUAGCGAGGACUUUGAACGGAUGACAUCUGCCCUGGACAAGCUACGGAGUGCUGUGAAAAGCCAUUCAGACGAGAUUUCGGAAGCAAGGACCGAGGCUGGAUCCUCACACUUUUGGCAAUGUUUCUUUUUAGCGACCAUCACCAAUGCCUCACGAAGGCAAGGCGCGCUUGCCUACCUUGUGCGGCGCUUACCCAAGUUCAGUCUUCCUCAGCGUCGCGGAUCCGUCGCAGGAGAGUCUAGUGCACUUUCUGAGGGUUUGCCAGCCGAAGCCGAAGCCGCCAUAACUCCAGAGCCAGGCUUGCUUAUUCGAUGUUUCGAAGCUGGUCUCUUUGACACUCAGCUGUUGAUACAACGAGGCUUUCUCGAUUUACUCGUCACUCAUCUACCUCUGGACUCGCCUGUAUUGCAAGAUCGGAUCGGCAGAGAGGAUCGAGAGCGAAUAGUAGCUGCUGCUGCAGGUGUUGUUUCGCGGAGAGACAUGAGUCUGAAUCGAAGGCUGUGGGCCUGGUUCCUCGGGCCCGAGCCAGCGCCCGACGCCGAUGGCAACGACGCUGUUGCAUCACCAACGCAAGACAGACAUGGCGCAGCGUUGGACCCCUCCUCCUACCACGCCGCCUAUUUUUCGCAUUUCGGUCUUGAAGCGCUGACUCAGAGUGUGUUGAAGAUGAUCAACAGAUCUACCAAGCAUCCUGCCGAGCGUGCAAAACCUUUUCGCGUUUGCCUAUCUCUCAUGGACCGAUGGGAAGUCGGAGGAUUGAUUGUGCCAGAGAUUUUUAUCCCUGCACUACAAAGCAUCCAGUCAUACAGUGAGACGGCCACAAAGGCUCAAGUUGACGAGGUCUUGCGAAGCGCAAGUACAUUCUUUGAUGGAGUCGACAGUGGCCUGAUCUGGGGCAAACUGAUCCAUCUAAUUACGACCUCACUCGGGCCCGCCUUGCCAAACCAGCAAGAUGCACUUCGACAGAUGCGAUUAGCCAAAUUUGUUUUGUCUCGCUUUAACCUCAAAGAAGAUGACAUGCUGUUUCAUCACAUGCCGCUCAUGAUCUUCUCCGCACUUGCGGCGCUGAACAGUAAAGCUGGAAAUGUUCCAAACCUAUCCACACAAGAUCGGGAAGUCGUAGAUCUCGCACUUGAAAUUGUCGAAUCCCUUCUGCAGAUUGUGCCUGAUCGAGCGAUAAGGGGGGCCGAAGAGAGCCAAAACAGCGAUGACGCAAGCGACGUUAAAUGCGUGGCCUUGGAGAAAGUACAAGUCUUCUACGAAGAAUCACAGGGAAGCUUGGACAUGGUAGAUCCCCCUUUCAGUGCCGCUGAAAUUGGUCACUUGAUCAUUGAAGAAUCGACCCGGAUAUUCCUUGCAUUCGUCCAGCUCCACCCCGAGGUCUCUGCGGAAAUUCCUUCUAGAAUACUGGCGAAUGCCAUCGUGAAGGUCCAACAUUUUGACGUUUUGAAUGACAUGGAGCCGUUCGCAGUCGUCCAACACGUUCUUUCCGAGCCUGUCACCAAGAACCGUCCACCGUUUCCUUUUUCGCGCCUGAGUGCUGUUACAACAGUUCUCGCUAGCUUGCAACUUGCGCGACCCUCGGAUCCUUAUAUUGGCGAAUCUCAGAUUGGGGAGAUCAUUCACCCUCUGGUUGCUGCUUUCUGGCAGUAUCUUUCCCCAUUGACGCCAAAAUACCAUGUAGAGGCUGUGAGGUGCAUAUUGCAAUUGCAUAAUAUGUCUCCUUCGAAUCGCGUUGUAGAGGCAGCUCUGUCCUCUAUCUUGACACAAGACAUGCCUGGAGGCUCAUCAAGUCUUCACUUUGCUGAUGCCACGCGACGGUUUGCGGUAAUCUGGACGCAUACUGUGUACGAGCUCAGCUUGCAAUCCGAGAAACGCGGUACAUUGUCUCGACGCGCGAGUGCAAUGAGCAUCUCGAGUCUCGCUGUGCAGGAAGUCAGUUUUCACUCCGUCCUUUCGAGGCCGCUACUUCUCCUUCUUGAUCUACUUGGUGACGAAGGAACCGAGGCCGUUGCUGUUGUCAACAAUUGGCUUCAGGAUCUUCCAACGCUCAACAAGAUCUUCGAAGUCCUUGUUACGCGUUUACAAUCUCUUCGAUGCUUGUCUUCCACCACCAGCCUGGCUCCCGGCACAACCCCGGCUCAGGGGAAUUCGCACCUCAAAGGAGAUGACAGCAAGGAUUGCCUUUACUAUCUAAAACAUGUCCAUAACAUACUGAAACGACCUUCACGAUACACUUGGGCUACGCUAGCAGAAGAGGCAGGCCCGCGUCUCCAUGGUACAGAACCUAUCAUAUCUUUGCAGGAAUGGAUCGUGAGAACUUGUUUGAAGACUCUCUCUUUGGACUUUAAUAAACAGAGUCCAACCAAACCAGCACACUUACAUGAGCUUUAUCAUGUCUCCGUUGACAUCAUUAACCAGAUCUACGGCAGUCCCUUCGCGCCAGCUCUGAGGGAUCUGGAACUUGAAAUUCCUCUGAUGGCUCGCCUGAGAUCGGCUGGGCCCUCCCUGCAGAGUCUUUUACUCGGCGCCUCACUACAUGCACUCCGACUACGUCUCACUCGACCGAACGAACCCCAAAUACCAGACCAGAGAGUUCAAAGCUCAGCAUCUCACAAACCAAGGCUAUCGCUGGCUAUGAAUAGGGAGUCUGUCGAAGUGGAGCCCGUGCCAAUACCGCCGCCACCUCAAUUGGUAGACAUUAUCAAAUAUGGGUUCUCAUCACCAUCAAGCCGGCUUGUUUUGGACGACUGGGUCAAUUUCCUUGUCGAGGUGCUCCCUCUAUUUGCGGAUACUAUCUUCCAAAAUCUACUUCCUUUGGUGGAAUGCUUCUGCAAGGAGAUUCGGAAGACCUUCGAGCAGCUGAAGCGCAUAUUCUGUAUCGCAGAUGCAGUCGAGCAAAUCUCUCCAGAGUCAACCCUCAUAUCUCUCAUCAACGGAUUGGAGCAGAUUCUUGCUAGGGCCCAUGACCGUCUCAUGAUGCAAGAGACAAAGUCUGUUGCCAACAAAUCCCCAGAACAACCUCAGGGUUUCUUCGGCAACAUGGUUUCUGGGGUGUUUGCAACCGAGGCACAGCAAUCUCGCACGCCGACAGCUAAUAGCAGACUAACGGUGCUGCUGUGCUUUCAGGACACAGUGCGCAUAUGCUUCGCUAUUUGGUCAUGGGGAGGCUAUGCCACCAGCGGCGGACAGCAAGAUCCGACAUCGGCUUCUUCAUUUGGCUAUACAUCCUUGCGUAUGCGUAAUCGAGCAAGGCGGAUAUUGGAGCACUUGUUCGCUGCGGAAGCGCUAGAAUGCCUAGAGACGCUUGCUGUGCUGUGGUCGCAAUCUCCGAAAGACGACACCCAAGUGGAAGCCAUCGUGGGUCUUCUCAACGUGCUCAACGGGUCAAAGCCAAAACACACAAUUCCGGCGAUCUUCAACGCUGUAUAUAGCCGCACGAAUCCCAACGCCCUAGACCCUAAUCGCAUGUCUACCUUGACAUCUGAUCUCACGGAUACGGACCUGGUUGCUUUCUUGAUUGACUAUACCAAAUCCCUAGAAGAUGAUGCCAUGGACGAGAUAUGGCAGGACUGCACUCUCUUCCUACGGGAUGUGCUGGCGAAUCCACUUCCUCAUAGGCAAAUACUGCCGCUGCUCCUGGAGUUCACGGCCGUCAUCGGACAGAAAGUUGACAACACUAACUUCGGCGAGCAGCGGAAAAUGAGGAAGGAGCUAGCAGAUAUCUUCCAGCGCAUCCUCACAGCCGUUUUUACUACUCGUCCAAUGGGCCAUUUCCAAGAACCGAACUCUGGGCAGAGCAAUGCAAAGUUGAUAGAGAAGUCACCUUUUAUAACGAACGCCGCCCUCUCACAAAAGCGUGCGGCAGACGUAGUCUCCGUGUUGAACGCUAUCGUACCACAUCUUCCCAUCAUACUGGUAGAGAACGAGCGCGUAACAACCGUCGUAACAAACAUCGCUACUUCGGUCAUUGGCCCUACCUUCCGUACCAAAACGUUUCCUGAACACGUGUCGAGGGGCGUAUUAGACUUGCUGCAGGAAUUAGCCAGGGUCGCGCAAGGGAACAAGUUUUGGAAGAAGGAGCUCUACGAUGCGUUCAACGACAGUCGAUUUUUUAGCACACCUCUUCCCCUGCUCAGAGAAUCCUGGCUCCCCAUUCUAGCGCAAUGGGCCCACUCUGACAAAGACCGGCUGCCUGAAUUGCUGAGCAGGCUGAGUGCACCUACAACAGCGGGCAUAAUGUUCGGUGUGGGCGCCUCGUCCGCGCGGCAAGAAGCAGACCGCAAGACGCAGCUCACGCUCCGCCGCAUUGCACUUCUCGUUCUAGCCAGCGCCGAAGAUGCUUUCACGCCGAAUCUCCCAGCCAUCAUGACCUCGAUAACGGAACUCCUAACUGCGACUCCAGCGUCGUCACCAUCUUCAAUCACACGCGCUGACGUGCUCGUCCUACUGCGUGCGCUCAUCCUCAAGACAUCUUCCAUCCACUUGGCUUCUUUGUGGCCGACCAUGAAUGCCGAACUCACAUCCGCGCUGAGCAGCUUGCUCCCCGAGGCGGCUAAUAGGGAACAUUACAACAACGCGGGCAUCAUCCAGGCGUGCAAGUUGUUGGACACACUCGUCAUACUCAACCCAGAUGAUUUCCAGCUCAUCGAGUGGCUUUACAUCUGUGACACCAUCGACGCCGCUUACCCGACCGAGUCCACCACCUCCACCUAUCCUGCUGGACUCGCGGACGAAAUUGCGCAAGUUCUGCAAGCGACGGGAUCUUCGACCUCGCGUCCACUGACCCACGCGAACGACGACGGUGUCGAGCCGCAGAGAAGGCUCUUCUUGGAUCCUCUGCUGGAGGCCCUGGAGAAAGAAGAGGGCGCGGAAGUGGUGGAGAUGGCAAGAGGGGAGUUGAUUGACAGGGUCGUGCGGCCUUUCCUGGGAAGCCUGGGAAUGCUGACCUUUGAGUCUACGUACGGAGGCGGCGAGGUCGAUGUCGAAGGCGUGUGGGCUAGUGUGGUAGCUGACGCUAGGGGUACAGAGUAGACGUGAAUGGAGAUAUAAUGGGAAUGGUUUCGUCUUGCGGGUGAGCCGAAGCUUGCUGAACAUUUUCUUUUGGUUUGUUCGCGGAAUUGUGCAAAUGUGCCUCCCACUGGAAG